GUCCUCAAACAAACUUGUGUAGGAGACUAGGAGCUACUUGUUCAGCAAGAACGCACGAAUUCAUACAAACGGACAGUGAUCUACUAAAUUUCUUCUAAUUUGAUACGCUAAGGUUUUCUAAUCCGAUGGAGCUGAAUCUUGAAGAAGGCAAGCACCUCUACGAUGAAUGCUCAACGUUAAUCCUGCCGGCGUUAUCGAUUGGAAACGUGGGGCAAUUGGCGGUGGAUCUUUUGAUAGCUUCGACGAAAGCUGAGCGAAUUGGUUACCUCGAUGAUCCAAACGUUCUUCCUUGUGUAGGAAAUGAUGCUUAUACCCCUGCCCCUCAAGGCGACCUUGCUCUCCCUCUUGAAGCUUACGAGUCACCUUCUAAUGCAUUGACCCUAAUCCAACAAAGAUCACCAGUUGUUAAGGGGAUGAUGGUUGAGUUUGCUAAAAAUCUUGCUGAUUUUGCUGUUGCUUGUGGAAAGAAGCAUAUUGUAAUCCUCUCUAGCUUAGACUUUGGCAGAUGGCAGACAAUUGAUAUGUCAAGUGGUUUGCAGAUUUAUUACCUCUCUAAUGCAAAAGUAGAUGGAGCAGAUGAUAACUGUGAAAAACUAGGGUUUAAAAGAAUGAAGGAAUAUGAUCCUACUCAAAAACUAUGGAAGUAUCUCAAUGAUUUAGCUGAAGGUAAUGCUACUGAAGAUGAUAUUUCAUCUCUUGAAGAUGAUCUUGGAGAAGAAGACUACUAUCCAAGUCUUCCUUUUGCUGCAAUGUUUUCUUGUUUCAAAGCCAAAGGUUUGAAGGUGACCUGCUUGUUAUGUUAUUGCUCUGAAGGAGAUAACAUUUCUGAUGCGUUUCAUUUAGCAGAGGCAGCAUGUAAUCUUGUGGGACAAAGCCCUGAAUCCUUUAAAGGAAAUGAAGGUGGUAGAUGGGUGAUUCCAUUUUCAUGGCAGAGCGUUUAUGGGCCACCUCCAGAUAUGUCACUCUUCUAGUCACCAUGAACUUUGCUCAUGUUAUUAUCUUAGCUGUAAGUAGGACCCAAAUCUUUUGUUUUUGAUUUUAUGCUGUGACUAUGUAUGUGUCUUGUUUAAUGAAUACCGAAUACAAAAAUGGAAGAGAACAUGUCAAAUGACCCAAUUAAUUAGUUGCUUAUGAUAGGAUGCCAGCUUGUUGUGAUAUACU